AUGAAUGAGGCAAAUCCUGUUUCAACACCGGCUGAAUCCAUAACCUACAAGGACACUGACAAAAUAAAAGACGAGGUACAACAUUUUCCCUAUAGAGAGGCGGUAGGGAGCCUAAUGUAUUUGGAAAUUGGCAGCAGACCCGACAUUUCCUAUGCUCUUGGGGUUGCAAGUCGGCACCUGGAUAAGCCAACUACACAAGACAUUACUGCAGUUAAGCGUAUUAUUCGAUACGUGAAAGGAACACGUCUACUUGGUAUAUGUUUUAAAUCAAAUAAUAAAUUAAUCGUUAGUUGUUUCAGCGAUGCCGAUUAUGGUGGUGAUACUGAGACAAGACGGUCAACAAGUGGCUUUGUGUUCUUACUGGGUCAUUCACCAAUAUCAUGGUCUUCACAACGCCAACAAUGUGUUGCUCUAUCGACCAUGGAGGCCGAAUAUAUUGCAGGUGCAAACGCAGUAAAGGAAAUUGUAUGGUUGUUACGAUUAAUGAACGAUCUACUGGAAGAAGGAUGUGGCAAACCAAGUCUUUAUUGGAUAAUCAAAGUGCCAUCAAACUAG